ACCCAACGAUCCCACAACCGCAUGCUAGCAAGAAUGGCGUCUACUGGCAAGAGAAUCGUGUUCACUGGCGGCAGCGGAAAGGCUGGUCGUCAUGUCAUCCCCGAACUGAUCAAGCGAGGCCACAAGGUGAACAGCGAAGUGCCAUCAAUAAGCCGCGUGCGACGCUAAUGCGCAUUCAUCAAGGUGCUGAAUCUCGACUUGGUCAAGUGUUCGACGCUCUGACCACACACUAUGACUUCGCUGGGUACGAGACGGGGAAACCUGAAGGACCGCCGGAUGUUGAUACUCUUGACACUGACCUUCCAACGUUAGGUCAUCCACUUUGCAGCUUACGCCAGGAAUAUGCUGGUCCCCGACAACGAAUGCUUCAGCGCCAACGUUACUGCCACCUACAACGUGAUCGAAGCUGCCUCCAAGCUAGGCGUCAAAAAGAUCAUCACGGCGUCCAGCGAGACAACCUACGGAGUCUGCUUCAGCGAGGGCGACACCGACUACCACUCGUUCCCGCUGGAAGAGGACUACGAUGUCGACCCCAUGGACUCAUACGCCCUCAGCAAAAUCUGCGGAGAAAAGACCGCCCGAGGCUUCGCAAGGCGUUUCGGAAACGACAUCUACGUGCUGCGCGUAGGCAACGUCAUGUGCGAUCUUGCUAUUCAGAAGUCUGGUCUUGGGUUCCAGAUCUUCAACGCUACCAACAGCUUCAUCACGACGAAGGUGCCGACCAAACAGUUCUUGCAGGAGGUCGCGCCGAAUACGCCUGCAGUACUACAAGCCUUGAUGUAUCUGGUGUUCCAGUGAAAGAAAAACAGGUAACUAUGGCUCUCUGGGAACACAGCCAUUCAUGGCCCGGUGAACUUCGCUCGCUCUCAGGGGAUAAAUGA